UGCUUAUCAGGCGCAAUUGAGGCAACCUAAUAACCUGCAUCUCGAGAGGCUUUGCAUCACUGUAGGCUAGAUUGAUUGGCUAAUUGACCGACUAAAAAGCUAAGCCCCCUCCCCUCUUCAGCUCCUUUCGUCUCUCUACACAAGGUAAGGACAACCUUGAAAUAGUAGGUAUGUAUUCUACAGCCUGAUCGGCAUGUCUUGUGGUUUUCUAGACUUCGCUCGAUAAUACAAUGUCAUUGCUUGAAAGCAAACAUCAUCCAAUUUAUAGUGGUGUUGCGCUGCCCUGGCAAGAACGCUUCCAGCUCGGUCGUAGGUAUGGGAAAUACGACUUUGGGCGGUUUGAACGUCUGGAGGGUUCCAACCAUUACCUUGGCAAAGGAAAGAUCGGGGACGUGGAUGUCGCAUGCAGAUUUCGAUUCAGAGAGUCGCGAUGGGGUGUUCUGACUCCGGACAAGAACCCGGGAGGUGUCGUCUACCUGGAUUUGACAUUCACCGAACCACAGGAAUGCCGCCUUAGGGGUGCAACUAUCUUGUUGACUCUAGACGAAAAAGAUGAAGACCUCCGCCGCCACUUUAGUGCUGAAAAUCCGUCAACUAAUGUCAAAGUCCCCGUUCAGAUCACCAAACAUGGCCCGCAAAUUCUCCAUGGGCAACUAGACGAAGCUCUUAAGAUCGAAAAGAAUUCAUUUACCCCUUGGAUUGACGCUGGCGGAUUUGCUGGUGCUGGUGGCAUUGGGCGAAAUUCCGAGAAGAGAUAUAUCCAGCGGAGCCAGUGGAAAUUCUCAAGUCAACCUAUUCCUAACCGGUUUCAAAAGGCCACAACUCUUAGAUGGGAUUUGGUUGAAAGUGAGCUUGAUCGGCAGCCGAGGCAUGACAACACUUUCCACACAGCAUUCGCGUUUGAGCAUGACGGACAACCGUUUUUCAUGCAGGUCGAAGUUGCUGGCUGUUUAGAAGGGAUAGCCUCACAUAUACGACAGAAGGCGAAACAGAAAUUUAAGAGGUUUAAAUUCGGAAUUGAACCCCAAUCCGCAACGACGUUGGUGAAUUUUGGAGGGAGGAACAAUCCUUACCAGGACCCUCUUGAUGAAUUGGCUCAGAAAAUACCGGAAGACAUGAUGGAAAGAAACCGGAAGCCCGUCGCGCAGAUUCAAGGAAAUCAACCAGUUAGUGGACCAGAUUACGAGAUUGUCGAUGAAGGGGACUCGUCGCAGACCGGACAAGAGGACGAUCUCCAUGUUCAAUCACCUCCACCUCAGAGAAUUGAAAAUUCACACUCCGUAGCUCUAGAGGAGAUACAGGGGGAAGCCUUAGCGUUGUUGUCUUUAGAUCGUCCCUCAAUAGGGGAAUAUAGAUUGGACCGGACGACAGAAAUAUUACUGCCGGUCGACCAUCAGCAACGACAAUCCUGUGACGGAAGGUUAUCGGCUCCCGAUAUCCAACCUGGACAAUCGACGGCCUCAAGCACCAUCGUAGACCAGGAACAGGACGAAGGGACUCGCAGAAUAACCCUUAUCGAGCCCAAUGCGAAUCACGAAGAAGUUCGCAGGCUCCUCAGCGAGGCAGCCCUACCAACAGUUCUUCAACUGAUGAUUCUAUGGCUCCUUGCGGUCGGGAUGAAGAUAUCGCUUCUCUCAAAAAAGAUUGAUUUGCCACGUGCAGGAAAGGCUUGAAACAUCGUGUAGCGAGACAAAAGUAAAGGUGUGAACGAAAGGCAAAUUAUCUCGUGUGUAUUGAUAAGAUCCAUAGUGGCUGUACCGGUAGGGAGAGGAAGGUGGCGGGAAAAUGAUUUCGAGGACGGACAUCCGGAGUUACGAAUUCAUGAUCAAGGUUACACCACCGGUUACCAUGUGAAUAAAUUAUUCAAUACGCAGUAGCUGUAUCUAACUAUGAGAGAGGCAAUUGCAUGUAUCUUGCUCAUUUUUAAAGAAUUGGAUCAAGCAGUGGCGUUUACGUACUUAGGUAGGUACCUACCUACAUACAUAUGUACCUAUAUGUAAUAAGUUCCUCUCC